UUCGGUAUAAUGGAGAGAAGUCCCUCGAAGCCACUCGACGGACCCGACGGGGGUGGGUUUCUUUUUCUGCAAACAAAGAGGUGAAUUCCGUUACGCCCUAGGGCAAUAUCUCCUUCCCAAUGCUGAUCUGGCGCAGUGCAUGUUUUGCUGUUUCAUUCUUUGGCAAACUCAGAAACGUCCAUGACUCGACUCGCUGUUCGUCAGAGUACGACUUGCCCAGCAAAUAGACUUUGGUAUGUCCGUACCAAAGGGCCAUUUAGAGGCUGCUGUUCGGUCGAUCCAUGUACCUCGGGGAUAUGUCCAGAGGAGGGUAGCACCUUGGUGUCUGCAACGACAUAUGCCGGGACAGGGAGAACGACUGUCACAACCACAGUAAAAACAGCAACGGCAACAAUCACAACCAGAACACAAACCACAGGCAGUUUCAGCACAUCCACACGAACAAGCACUGUAUCAGGAGCUCCGACGUCCUCCGGGAGAGCGCAAAUGCACAGUCUACCACCGUCGGUCCCAUUGCCAGUCCCACAACAACAAAUCCAGCAGCGAAUCCAACAGGGCAUGUCCAGAACCCCCACUCUGCCCUUUAUCGGAGGGGGGAUCGUUGGAGGCGUGCUUGCGGCCCUGAUCAUUGCAGGACUAGUCGUCGUUUACAUGAUUUCGCGGUCCAAAAAGAAGCAAGAGAAAACGGUUCACCCUGCUUCGCUGGCGAAAAGCCCACGAAAAUCCGCCGGUGGAAGGCUUCUUCUUCUUCUUCUUCCCAGGAACCCGGUGGACCAGCAGCAGCAGCAGCAGCCAGUCGACAGUCCAGACAUUCCCCACGGCCAGCAGCUGGGGGCACGACACUGUAACCAGUACAGGUCCAGAAGCAUUAUACUCCUGAGUUCGUCACGGACGACCCAAAACUCCAGCCCCCGGUACGAGAGUCUGUUUUGCCGGCUUAUCGGGCUGAAUGGAGGAGGUUUUUCCACUACGGUGAGAGGGAAGUGGAAGAUGGGAGGGGGCUCUUGGUUAGGUCUUACUGUACUAUAUAUUAUUAUAUAUACAUGUAUAUAGAUAGAUUUCCGUCGCUCUUCUAUUACUUGUGUUGAUAAUAAGGGACUUGGUUGGACUGGUUGAUCUUCUUGGAGUUUCUUAGGUAUAUCUAGGCAAAACAUGAAUAGACUCGAUCUAUGUUUAUA